AACGUCUGUCGAGGUUUUUAGAUUCGCCGCAAGAAUGAAAUUCUUCAUCGCCGUUGCAUUGUUGGUAAUUGUUUUGGAGGCAGUUGAAUGCAGAUCGAAGCAAAGGAGAGGAGAAACUGUAUUACCCAUGAAAUUCCAACGAAUCAAGUACAAAGGCGAAUGGAAAGACUGCAAAUACUAUCAUAAAAUUGACCAAGCAGGAAAUGGCUGUAAUUGUGUACUGGUUGGAUGUACMGGAGCACGGCAGUGUAAUCCGGCUGGCGUAUUCUGUCGYCUUGUCAAAAAGAACGUCAACCAUGAAGAUAUGAAAGAUGGCGACUGCAAGUGCAAGUACUUGGGUAAUCGGGGAUAAAGAAGUGUUAAAACCUAGUGUUAUGCGUAUAGAAAAACUUGUACGAAGCCAAAGAAAGAAUAAACAAUGUAUAUAAGUG